AUGCUCACGGAGUGUUCCAAGCGCCAUGAAAUGGCAAAUGCGACACAUUUCGCCUCCGUCGUCGCAGUAUCAGAUCAAGGACAAGGGCACCAAGAGAAUCUGCGGCAUAAACCUGCUGCAAGAUUAGAUAGGUGGCUUCCAUUGGUGCUCUUCCCUGAGAUAGUUGAUUUGGUUCCUGAUGUGGUAGAGUUUCCAUAUAGAGGAAGCCAGCUUGAUGAUGUGUGA